AUAAAACCUAUGACAUUCUAUAUGCCUUCCUGAAGUUGUUCGGCUGGCUGAUAGAUCAACAGGGAUUUUGUCCUGUGAUCAUUUUUUUCUGGUGAUCAGUAAUGAGAUGUUCUUACGGGAGUGGGCAUAACAUAGAGAAACGCCAUUCAAGAUUCUUUUAUUUUUCUUCUACUGGCUUGAGUGUAGACGAUUUGCCAAAAGAAACCGACUCCGAGUGAAUAUUCGUUAUAACUGGGCAAAAAGAAAGUAAGAAUCAAGAGGACGGGAGUUUCGUGAUCGAUGCUUUCAUUGCUUGCUUCUGCUUGGAUCAAGUAUGAGUGGGACAUCUCAGCUGAAGAUAGUGUGUGGUGACAGCAAGAACAAGAAUGAUUUAUUAGCAAGCGUAUCUUUGUGUACGAAAUCUGUUUGAACAAAUUAUAAAACACCCCGAAUAAUAUUUACAAAGAUCAAGUGUUAAGAAUGUCUUCAGAAACCGAAACGGAAACAAAAUUUUGCUCCAACUGCAAAAAGAACAUAGCCAAAGUUAACUUCACAAUGCAUGAAAUGCAUUGUCUGCGCCACUUGAUGUUGUGUGAACACUGUCAAGAGCCUAUUCCACGUUCAGAACGUGACCAGCACUUCAAUGAUGUUCAUGCAAAAGUACCAUGCACAUUGUGUGGUGUGGAGAUGGAAAAAGAUCACUUGGAUACACACAUGGAGACAGCAUGCCCAAAGAGGAAAGUGGCUUGUCAGUAUUGUGAGCUGGAAAUGCCACAACUGGAGAUGAAGAACCACUUGGAAUACUGUGGGACUCGCACAGAACCAUGCAAAAAGUGUGGCACCUUUAUCAUGCUGCGAGACCAACUUCGUCAUACCGCCAGCAAUUGUGCAUACCCAGAACCAGAACCACCCAACAAAACUUUCAUUCCAGACCCUUUGCUUUCACGUUUUUUUGAAAAGAGUGGACCUGCUGCUGCAAAUCACCAAAACCAUGAUGAGUCCUUUUUGCUUGACAGGGGGAGCUUUCUUGAUCCAUUUAGUUUUGUUAAUAUGAUGAGUGAGUUAGGGCAAGAUGGUGGGGGUUUCAUGCCAAGUUUGGUUGUGGAAGAUUCUGAUGCAUCAGCUGCUGCCCCUGCAGUUCCAUACGCUGGCCACAGGGGAGUUGACAUCAGAAGGGUUACAGGUGCAAGCAGAGCAGCCAAUGCUGCUCAACAAAGACAUGGGGACACAUCUGGUUCUCGGAAAAGCUUCAUUAACAAGAAGUCUGGACUAAACAGGCAGAGGGAGAGAGAGACGGUUAUCCCACCUGACAUAGAUUAUGAUACAAUGCUCGCUCGGCAGCUGGCUGCUGAAGAUGACGAAGACCUUGAUUCUGAUGCUCACAUCAAUCAUCUUCUCAUGAACUAUGAAAAGCACUCGCGCCCAAAUCACGUAUCUGUUUUCACAAGCGAUGACAAUGCUGUGGAACCAGCUUCACCUCCCAGCCAUAAUGAGUUUGCAGCAGCAGAUGAAGAUAUGAUACCAUGUGAGUUCUGCAACGUAACCUUUCCUGCCUACGCUUUGGUGCACCAUCAGAGCGUCUGUGAUCCAUUAGCCUCAGGCCUAUGGAGGGAAGCCGAAGAUGUCUCUUAUCAAAGGAGCAGAAACAAUGAACUGCUAGGGAAUAAUUGGAGACCAGCAGGCUCACAUACUACUAUUCCUGUCAUCAACAAUCUGGUGCCUGCUUCUACAGCUCAUCCUUCUGAAGAGCCAGAGAAUCACCAAAUUUUUGAUGAUGGUGACCAUGACAUGAAUAGUCUUGAAAAUUUAAUGCUCCCCUGUGAAUUUUGUAAAGAUCUACUACCUGCUGACGUCUUGCCACAUCAUCAGGCAUUAUGUGAGGCCAACCAGUUUUCUAUCUCAGAUCCAUGGACAUCAGCGGCAGCACAACCUUCAGCUGCUGAUGUGAUGAUAAAUCGCAAUCACUUCUUCCCUACCUCAGGUGUCUCAUCAAGGCAGCGACAUCAGCCAGAUCCAACAGAAGAAUUGCUGUCUAUCAUGAGCAAACAGGAGGCCAAAACAAAUCAGGAAGCAAAAGAGAGAGCAGUUCCUGUUAUUUUUCCAUCCAGUCAACCCAGACCCAAGAAACAACCAAACUUGCCAGGGAAGCAGCCUGACUGGAUUCGACUUCCUGCCCCCUCCCAUGCUAAGGGCAAAGAUUUCAGGACAAGUCUGACCCAGAACAGAGGAGCAUCCCCAGGGCUUCAGCCGGAUGAGCCACAAGAUUUUUCUCUGCAUGACAGAAGAGCAGGUGCCAGGUCAGGCCAGUCAGGAAAUGAAAAAUCUAGUUGGGUGCAAAACACCUUGAACGAACUGGUCACGGUGGAUGAUGUACCUGUUUAUCAGGUCCAAGAAGAGGGAAGGACCAGGCGUUCCCGUGUUGUUGCUCACAAACAAGUACCCAGCACAAGUGUGACUGCAAGGACAGUGGCUAGAAAGAUGGAACGCGACAACAGGAGAAAUCCACAAAACUCUCAGAGAACAACAGCGGACAUGCAUUUAACUCCGAGAGGAGUAGAAGAAGUAGGGCCAGGAGGAAGACAGAGAGAACGUGGAGAUCAUGUAUUCAACAGCACUAAUAAUGCCAGGACCCAGCCAAGUCAUCAACGACCCAGGAGGCCUUCUAAUAGACAGUUACCAUCAGAGCGAGAGUGACUACUGCUCAAUAAUAUCAGAUGUUUAUAUAGUUAGUGCCUAGUUUCUGUUUUUGCGGAAAUGCAAUGGAUGGAGUGUUGCAUAAUGUUUUCUCCUACGAAGAGUUCUUCUUAUCUGCAGAGAACUACUGUGUGAUGUGUUCUAUGGGGUUCUGACAUUGCUUUAUUGCUAAGAAUGAAACUAUAAAAAAAAAAAAUGUCUCCAGCGUAUUUUUGCAUUUAGUCAAAUAUUUAACAUUAUCCAACUUAAGUUGGUCAAAAAAGAUUUUCUUAAGAAUUGCUAUGGAUCUGCUUCAAAGGGAAAAUAAGCUGCUGAAAAUGUUUCACCUCAUCCCUAGCUUUGAAUGUCUUUUAUUCAUUCUAAUUAGCCUGGAUAAUAGAUACAAGGACAAUUGGGUUGUCUUAUCUUUUUCUGUUUAAUAGUAUUCUUUUUCCAUUUUUAUGUUAUUUACUCUUUAGAGAUCUGCACAACAGAAUAAAUCAUCUAUCAAAAUUGUAAUAUUUAGAUUAUAGUUAUAUAAUUAUUUAUAAAAUAUAAUUAUACAAUAAAAUAUAAGCAUUGAGCACAAGUCUUACAUCAAAGAUAUUUUUAAGCGGGUUUUUUUCAUUUCUUGAAAUCUAAUACGAACUACAUGUAGCUGUCAUUGUGUGAAGCUUAAAUAGUCUGUUUUCGAUCAUCCUACUUCUUGUAUAAUUCUAAUGUGCAAUCAUGUUUACGUCUACGUUAGGUUAUCUUACAAAAUUAGAUCUUGUAAAUAAAUGGGGUGCUGGCCUUUUAUGAAAAUUCAAAGUAGCUUCAACAUGCUUGUUUUACUUGCCAAGAGAAUUUUUUAAAAACUCAUUAUUCUCAAGCUUGCAUUCAGGAAAAACCAGUCCCCAUCCAACCCAUACUUUUCUGCAUGUGGCAUUUAUUUUUAGGACCAGUUGCCCAGCAAUGAUGAAGCUCUAGUUGCUGGUCGGCAUUAAACAUCCAGUUUCCUCCUCCUCCUUCCACACCAUUGCUUAAAGCGUUCUGCAGUGAACACAUUCUCAGGUUCAGUGGAAUUGAGAAGAAACUAGUUGUGUGUUUAUGAAUUUCUGCAUAUGACUUCAGGGCAGGUCACCUUGAGGUCACCAGUUUAAGUCUCAUUAAGGCAUGAUAUUGAAACUCCUGGAGCUCAGUGUUUUGCAACCUUUUUUUUUUGUUUGUUUGGCACUCCCUUGGCAGAGGCAGGAAAACACAGUUUGACCUGUCCUUCAUGUAAUUGGUGGAUGAUAGGGAGGAAAUACUUUUGAUGACCUUAAUUAAUAAGCAUGCAUUAUAUGCACAUGUAUGUGCACAAUGCAAAUAUUUCAUGCAUAAACAAAUGCACAUGCUCAAAAUGUUUCACAAUAUUUUUCUUAUCAAGGUCAAAAGUUAAAAUUAUUUUUGUAAAAUGAAAAAGAAGUUAUCUUUGUGUUAUAACUUUUAAUGUAUAAACUUAAUGGAACUAUCAGCCUAUUUAUUGUGCUCUAUUAUGGCUAAUAUUGAUUGAAAACUUUUUAUCUUAAGUAGGGUAAGAUUUGUAUUUUUGGUGUGUCUGUGUUAUAUAUAACAAGCAUUUGAAUUGUUCACACUUGCAAGAGCAUUUUGCUAUCCAGGUAAACAAAAUGUUUUCUCUUAGAUAAACUUUUUCAAAAUUUUUUUAUUUUGUGCCUUUUUGAUGUACAUGUAGAUCAGGGGUGGGGAACAUCUGACAACCUGGCAAUAGAAUAAUUUGGUCUAGCCCUGCAAAGACAACUGAGGGCAGGACUCAAAAUUCAUUAAAUCUAGCUUUUAUCACACCAACAUAAUCAUAAUAAUAACAUAAACUUUGAAGGGCAAAGAAGGAAAGUCCAUUACAGGAUAGACAAAACACAAGCUAAAAACAUGACAGGACAAACACAUAUGCUUCUAAUCAGCUGCCCACCUGCCUGCAUUGCAGAGACUUGGAGGUCAGUCAGUGCCAGGCAAGCUGGGGGUGUACAUUUGCAAAAGUGUUAAUGCAUUGUGGCAAAAAUAUGGUUUUACCAAAUGUACUAGGUUAAUUUUAAGUUGAUAAUAUUGUAUAGCUAGUGAUGUUAUAAAUAUAAAAAUGGCCCUUGGCAGAAAAAGGAUGCACACCUCCGAGGUUGAUAAAGAGAUUUGUACAAGUGGCCAUUCAGUUUCAAAUCUGUGUGAAUAUUGAGGUUUCUUUGUAGUUACCUUAGAAGUGUAAAGUUUUCAAUAUCAUAUGCAGAUGAUUUAAUGUAAAUCUGUUGUAAUAUUUUUCUUGUUUGUACAUUGUUAUUUUACUAGCACAGAUUGUGUGCAUGCAUAUAUGAAGUGCAGACAUGAUUGUAGGUGGGACCAAGAUGCUUGAGGGAAGGUUGUGAAGAAGGGAGGGGAGAGAAAACUGUAGUGCCUCACAUGUUCUUGGACAGAUCAUUUAGUUAUCUAACCCAAAAGUCUAUUUAUAUUAUAAUUCUGUGGUUUAGUUGCAAUGAAAAUAAUGCUGUGCGGGUCCUUUUUAAUCAUAAGUAGAGAAAUGAUGAUUAUUAAGAAACCAUGAAGCAUGCAUUAACACAAUUGAGGUGAGCCACUCAAGCAUUACCCCUACCUAAAUAUGAAUCUGCAUGUACACUAUACAGUGCAGGCUGUUUUCAGCUUCAAACUGGUGUUUCAGGAAUAGCUCUAGAGGGUGACUUGUCAGCUUUAGACUGCAUUUUCAGUGCUAGUAGAUCCUGGUUGAUUCACCUAAAAUGUGUUGCCACUUGAAAAGCAGCAAUACAGCUUUAUUUAAAAUGCAGUUGUUUUGUACUUAUUUUUAUGAAUGUGCAGAGACUGAAUGUAGUCAACAGCCACCCAUCUACAGCAACCAUAAUCAAGAUUAAGAGUAAGAGCCCGAGAUCAAUCUUAUGAUGCGUAUGAUAUUUCGAUUUAUUUAGGGGAAUUAAUAAAAAAUAUGUAUUUCAGAAUACUGUACUGUGAUAACCUAGUGAUUGUGAUUCCUAAUAUAUUGCUGCUUAGAUAAAUGUUUCUAACAGCCAAGUGUGGGUUCUAAAUUAAGAUUUUCAAGUGCUCACUAUUUGUGGCCCUUUGUAAGAUCUAAUCCUACACAGACCAUAAUGAUUUUCUUUGUCAAAAAUGCUUUGGUGGAGUGGGAAUAAUUGGGAUGAUUUGGGCAGCUUGACCAGACAUAGGUCAAAGUCUCAUUUGCUGUAUUUCUGCUGACCAUAAUGAGAUCUCCUCACUUUUGGGAGCAAUAAAUCAUUUUACCAACCCU